GGAGAACCCAGGCUGCGCCUGCGCGAGAAGCGAAGGCCGGUGUCAGAGUGGGGCGUCCCCACGGACAGGCGCGGGGGCGCUCCGCGGGAGCAGGGCGGAGGCUCGCACAGCUGCCGACUCCUGUCCUGGGCCAGUGCGGGAGCUGGGGACCCGGGCUGGUGCCCCCAUCCUCCUCCAUCACGGGCCUCCCGCGGGACGACCCCUCCUAGUCCCGGCGGACCGGGCAGGUUUUCUAUCAGAUGUUCCACCGUAAGAAUGCUGGAGUUAAGAAGUCUCUGUUCCUUUGCUCCAAACCAGAAGACUUCGUUGCCUGCAUAUAGAGUAGGAGUAAUGUUGGUUAGAAACGGGCUGGUGUUGAAAACAGAAGGUUGUCAUGACUAUUUAACUCUAUGCUAAAGUGCGAUUAAUUGUCUUGGAAAUACUUAGUUGGACACUAGUGUGGUUCUUAAAAGCAUGAACUUUGAAGUCAAGCAGACCUGAGUCAAAAUUCCAGCUCUGCCAUUUAACUAAUACUUAACCAACCUAUCUAAUACUUAAGCACUAGUUUACAUAUCUUUAAGGGUAACCUAAAUCUGUUUUGGAACCAUGAAAAUUUUGCUGGUUUUUGACUUUGACAAUACAAUCAUAGAUGACAAUAGUGACACCUGGAUUGUACAAUGUGCCCCAGAGAAAAAGCUUCCUAAUGAACUACAGGAUUCUUACAAAAAAGGAUUUUGGACAGAAUUUAUGGGCAGAGUCUUUAAGUAUUUGGGAGAGGAAGGUGUAAGAGAAGAUGAAAUGAAAAGAACAAUGACAUCAAUGCCUUUCACUCCAGGGAUGGUGGAACUUUUAAACUUUAUAAGAAAGAACAAGGACAAAUUUGAUUGCAUCAUUAUUUCAGAUUCAAAUUCUGUCUUCAUUGAUUGGGUGUUAGAAGCUACCAAUUUUCAUGAUGUGUUUGAUAAAGUGUUUACAAAUCCCGCAGCUUUUGAUGGCAGUGGUCAUCUCACUGUGGAAAAUUAUCACGCUCAUUCUUGCAAUAGGUGCCCCAAAAACCUUUGCAAAAAUGUAGUUUUGGUGGAAUUUGUAGAUAAACAGUUACAACAAGGAGUGAAUUAUACACAGAUUGUUUAUAUAGGUGACGGUGGGAAUGAUCUUUGCCCAAUAACCUUUUUAAAGAAAAAUGAUGUUGCCAUGCCACGGAAAGGAUAUACUUUACAGAAAACUCUUUCCAGAAUGUCUCAAAAUCUUGAGCCUAUGGAAUCUUGUGUUGUAGUUUGGUCUUCGGGUGUUGAAAUAAUUUCUCAUUUGCAAGUUCUAAUAAAGGAGUAAUAUGCCAACAAUU